CAGAGUGUCUAAAUGCCAAAGCAGCUUUAAACACUUUAACCAGCACAGCUCGAGCUACAGACCUGCCUUUCACUCUUUUUGCAUGACGAAAACUAAAGUCGAGGCUGCUCCUCCGUUCUUCUCGCUCCUGUCCAAGAUCCCGCGGUCCGCGCGAGUCAUGACCGGAGGAGACGCGCCGGAGAAGCAGCGCGCGCACCGGCAACCACCGCACGGGAGCGCACCGGCUGCAGGUACCGCUGACCGCGCGCUGCCGGCGCCGCGAACCAAACCGCGGGGGGACGGGCACCAAAAACCGGCUGGAGGGGCGGCUCUCAGCGGAGGGGACUGUGGCGAGAGGGGCAAGAGGGGAGACAAGAGCCACCGAGCCGCCACCGGCUCUCAGAAACCCCGCGGGAAGACAGCCGGCAGGAGAAAACCACCCGGUGCCGGGAAUGCGAGCGAGGACGCGGGGAAAGAGCUCGGCAGUGCCCGCGGAAAGUUUCCCUGCACGGACAGCAGCUCGGAAGUCUCGGACUCCACCUCUGAGGAGAGCAACGCUAAGCUGACUUUAGUUAACGAUGGUCAGAGCAGCGACGGAGGAACCGAGAGAGGAGCCGAGGAGGAGACCGUGGAAUGCGCGCAUCUGGUUUCACCCAUGGACCUCCUCACCAGCCCGCAGGGGUUCGGCCAGAGGAGCGUCUCUCCUGGGGACGAGCGCUCCUUCGCCUCGCUGGACAGCCGCCUGAACUUCAGCUCGUCUCUGGCUUUCUCUGACCUUACUGGAGAGCUUUCUGAUGGGCUUCACGCAGAGCUUGCAAGAGAGAAUGAUGAUUUACGGUCAGAAAAUGAAUAUUUGAAGAAUGAGCUGGAGGAACUGCGAUCUGAAAUGCUGGAAAUGAGAGACAUCUACAUGGAGGAGGACGUGUACCAGCUACAGGAGCUCAGGCAGCAGCUGGACCAGGCCAACAAGACCUGUCGCAUCCUGCAGUACCGUCUCCGCAAGGCUGAAAGACGCAGCCUGCGAGUUGCUCAGACCGGCCAAGUGGAUGGGGAGCUUAUCCGCACUCUGGAGCAUGAUGUCCGGGUAGCGAAAAGUGUGUCUCUUCGGCUGCACAAUGAGCUGGAGGCCAUGCAGAAGAAGAGUGCUCGGUUGGAGUGGGAGAACGAGGGGCUACGUGAGCGGCUGCAGGAUCUGGAGGUGGCCAAGCAGGUCCUACAAGCAGAGAUAGAGAAACCCAGAGAGAGUUCUCUUAGGAGGAGAUCAAGCCUGAGAUCAUCAGCCAGCAGGAACGAAAAGAAGCUCUCUCCACAGGAAGAUAGCGAAGAUCUGAAAUGCCAGCUCCACUUUGCCAAAGAAGAGUCAGCACUCAUGUGCAAGAAGCUGACCAAGAUGGCGGUGGAGUGUGAGAGCAUGCGUGAGGAGUUGGCCAAAUAUAGGUUGCUGUACGGUGAUGUGGAUUCGACGCAGGCCGCCGCAGGCACCACCAACUCAGCCCACACUCGUGAAGCAGAGGUCAAGGUCCAUCUGCGACUGGUAGAAGAGGAGGCCACAUUGUUGAGUCGUAGGAUUGUAGAGCUGGAGGUCGAGAACAGGGGGCUUCGGGCAGAGAUGAGCGAAAUGCGGGAAAGAGCUGGAGGAGGCCAGGUUGAUGAAGCUGAUGGUGUGGAUGAGGUGAUGGAGGGUGGAGCGGAGAAUCUGGCUGUUCCCAUCUGCUUGAGUGUUGCUCCAUUAGGGGACGCCAAUGGAGUGACGUGCAAUGGUCAUGCAAAGUCUGAAGAGACAACACAACCAUCAGAGGACUGUCCACUGAGCCAGAUCCUCAGAGAAGGACCAAUUGGUGGAGAAAGAGACCCACUUGAAGACCAAGAGAAGUGUACUGAAACUGUAGAGAGAGCUGAAAAGGCCAAAAUUGAGUCAAGCAACCCUCUUAGUCUCAAGGACCUGGAGGCCCUCCUUGUAGUUCGCGACCAGGUUAUGCUAGUCACGUCAACCAUCCAGUUUCUUACAGGUACUGCCAAAAAUGGCCUCUCCCCAAUAUCUGACCAUAACUUCAUCUCAGGCACCCCUUACCUCAGCAAAACAGAAGCUGAUUCUAAGAGUAAGACCCACCCAUGGCUUUUGGAUCCGAUGUUAAGUCCUUUGACCAGUGGACUGGAGGUGCUACAGGCCCAAUUAUGGGCUUUAGUUGCUAAAGUAGAAGUUCUUGUGAAUUCAUCACCAACCGAUCACAGUUCAAACAGCAACAUUUUAGAUUCUGGUGAAAAUACAACUACAGAACAGGUGAUAGACAGUGAAAGUGAAGACACAACAUUGAGCAACAGUCUUAAACACAGUUGCAACCCGGACGGUCUUGACCUGCUCACACUGCAACUACGAUGGUUCCUUCAGCAAUGGCGCCAAGGGGAGAGACCUACUGGAGAGAAUAAGAGCCUAUUUGAGAUGGACGGCCAGAAAUAUCUUCAUCUUCAAAUGGAGGCGGAGAUACAAGCAUCCAGAAACAUUUUUAGCUCCUCAGCAGAGAACAACCAUCAUGGAAAGCUCCACAGACAGGUGAGCAGUGUUCUUCUCUCAGAUCUGAGGUCAGUGCUGCAGGAUCUAGCCUUCGAGCUGCAAGAGGAGUACCGAACCGGCCAGCACAUCGCACAGCAGUUUGCACAGUCUAAAGCAGCAUGGGUAGUGGAGUGUACAGAGCUCAAGAGCCUCAUAAGCAGGCUGGAAGGUACAUCUGGAAGAAUAGGGGCAAAAGGAUCUCCUGACCUGAAGAUGGCAUUGCAGAAGGAUCAUGUUGAGAAGCUUCAGCACCUUUUAGCUGAGUCCUAUGCUGCGGUCAUGGACUUGACACGACAGUUGAAGGUGUGUGAGCGGAACUGGAACUGUGAGAGGCAGGAGCUUCUAAAACACCUGAACCAGGCUCGUCUGGACUGGGAUAAUCAGAACAAGAACUUCCAGUCUGAUGGAUGUAAGACUCCAUUGAAAGAAGAAGAAACCAACAACAGGACGACUCCCAAAAUCUGCCAAUCUGCACGUUUUUCUACCAAGAACUGGUUGUACCUCAGUCGAGAAGCAGCUCUUAUGGACACAGAAGAUCUCUGCAAGACCUGGGACUGUCCCAUCAUGCCUCCCAGCUUCCCUAAUAUGAACCUAAAGCAGGAAACAGCUCAGAAGAGCCACACAGCUCCAGAGAGAACCACACUGAGGAUAUACUACAGUCCUCCCUCAGCACGCAGAAUCCACCUCAGUGCUGUGGCAGUAGAAGAUCAGGAUGAGGGUGAGGAGCCUCGGGAUCGGCCAGAAAAAAACUGCCACCGACCUUCAUCUCAGCAUAUCAAUGGAGAUUCAACCACUGUCUACGAGAGCUGGCUUGGGACUCUACCUCUGGAGUGCAAUAGUACAAUAGAGCAAGGUUCAGUUGCUGCCAUUAGAACCAGCUCUUCUUCUGGUUUCCAAACGCAUGGACUAUCGUCUCCAUCUUGCCUGCCCUUCAGUUUAGAGGUUUCAGCCAACAUGAGUGACGACAUGAAGGAGAUGACAGCCAGUGUCCUUCAAUCUUCUCUCCCUAGCACUCCAGAGAGGAGGAGAGGGCGGGACUCUGCGAGCCAUAUUGUGGGACUUAUCAGCACAGGAACCCAAACGAACACUCAAGUUCAACCUCAGGUGAACAGCGUGGGUCUUCAGACCGAGGGUCCUCGAAGCAUGUAUGCCGGGAAACACUGGUCCCCCAGGGUGACAUCAUUUGUGUCUGGUCGUGCUCAGCCAAUCUCUGCAUCCCUGGAGAGGAUGUCUGGGCCAACAGAAAGGCUACCAGCUUGCUCUACCUCACCUAAACUCAACCGAAGACACUCCACCUCCUCUCCAUUUUUAUCUACCUCUUCUUCCUCCACCUCCUCAAAUUCCUCUUCUUCCAUUACCUCAUCUACCCUGUCGUCCUCUUCAUCGUCAUCUUUAGCCAUUUCUUCCAGGCUGGGAACUUCCAGGGAGCGUGGUUUAUGGAGUAUCUCUCAGUGCAGUUCCAGUUCCUCUGCCUGGGGUCGUUCCAGCUCAACCAGACCCAACUCAGUGUCCGGGGGAGGCAGCGAUAAGCCCGCUGGCCGCAAGUCCGCAGGGAUCCAUAAGUACGGUCUGGUGCAGGAGUUUUUCCGCAACGUGUGCGGCCGUGGAGAGAAACCCAACCCGGGAGGGGAGAAAGCUCCAGCAGUUCGUAGGGAUCACGCUGGUUCAGCAAGAGUAAAGAAAGCAGAGGGGCCUACUUCUCGGAUUCCCAGCGUACCGCUGGUGCGGAGCGACAGCGUAACCAGAAUUGUUAAUCGCAGGUUUAUGAAACAGGGUCAGAAGGAUGAGCCAAGGACUGGACAACUACAAGCUCAGGGUCAGUGCCAGGGUCAAAGCCAGGGCAUCAAGACACCCAUCAGUAAGGACAAGGGACUUGGUGCUGUCACUCUGGAGGACGGCCCCUGCGAUUGCAGCUCUAGAACUCUAGCAUCCUGCUUCGCUCGAGCAUCUCGCACCAACUCUCGCCACGCCCACGGUCACUGCAAGCUCCGUCCACAUGAAUACCCCACAGCAGCUGCUGGGAAACGGGAUCCGAUUCCCCAGUAAGAGGCGGAGUCACCGUGCACACUGAUACCACUGCCCAGCUGACAGGAUUCUUUAGAGAGGUGGAGAAGAGCUUAGAGCAGCCUAGAUUGUGAUGAGGGGAAAAGAACCAUGACUCAGUAUAAGAUAUAUGGAUAUAUGGAUAUAUGGCUUUCUCCUCCACUUGCCAAACUUUUCUCCUUUUAUAUGUAGAAAGUGGGUUUCUGUUGGAUUGACUGACCUAAUUAUAGUGUUUAAGUUUAGUGGUUUUAAAUUGAUAAGUUUUACAUCUAUGUAUUUUCCAUGGUUAUAGUUAUAGUAUAUUUUAUGUUUUUUACUGUUAUACAAUAUUUAUAUCAUUGCCAACAGGCUAAAACCUUGUAUUUUCAUUUUUGCCACUGUUACCAUUUUGCCCUAUUGUAAAUCUGGCUGUUGUUCUUUAUAUUGUGUUUCAAAAAUUGAUGAUGAAUGGACUGAUAAAAAUAAAACAAAAAUUACACUAAUUUUCAUUAACUUCUCCUACAGAAUAAACAUGUCAAUGUUUUUUUUGCCUGACUGUAUGUACAUAUAUAAUGGCAUAGAACUGUUAGAUGCCUUAACAGUUAACUGUCUUAAAUGGAUAUUAAAGCCAUAUUAUAGACUGUAAAUAAAUUGAAUGCUAUAAAUCACA